AUGCAAAGGAUCACCAAGGAAACCUCAGUAUCGGCAUCCAAUAACAAGGAAGUGGAUGCAGAAACCAAGACGACGGUGUACUGUAGUGGUGGGAACAAAGACCUUUUUGUACUCACAUAUGGAGCUCUGGUUGCCCAGCUGUGCAAGGAUUAUGAAAAAGAUGAAGACGUGAACAAAUACUUAGAUAAAAUGGGUUACGGAAUUGGAACACGGCUGGUGGAAGAUUUUUUGGCUCGAUCCUGUGUGAGAAGAUGCCAUAGUUAUUCAGAAAUCAUAGACAUAAUUGCCCAGGUUGCUUUCAAGAUGUACUUGGGAAUCACGCCGAGUGUGGCCUGUCACAAUUCAAGCAGAAAUGAGUUCUCCCUCAUUCUGAACAAGAAUCCUCUGGCAGAGUUCGUAGAGGAGCUCCCUGCUGGACGAUCUGCGCUUUGCUACUGCAACUUACUCUGUGGGGUCAUCAGAGGAGCCCUGGAGAUGGUUCAUUUGGCUGCUGAUGUUACAUUCUUGCAAGACAGACUAAAAGGCGACAGUGUGACAGAAAUUGGAAUAACAUUUCUAAAAAAGCUGGAUGAGAAAAAAUAUAGACGGAAAAAGUGAAGGCUGGCAACCACAGUGCCAUGGGUGGCUAGCUGAACAGCGAGUAUUAACCAAGCACACAGCCAUGGAAGUUUUGCAUCGCCUGAUGGCAUGGGCUUUGACAGGCUUAUGAAUCUUAAUGUGCAUCACACAUUUUCAGGAUUUCAGAUACAACUAGCUCCUUAUAAAACAGCAAGCAUGAAUUCCACAUAUUACUCAAUCCAGCCUCAGCCAGUCUCUUUAUCCAAUUACCUGUGGCAAUAGGAAAAAAUGGAUGAAAUGAUACAGCAUUAGAGAGAGACAAACAGCCAGGUGGUGGUAGCACAGGCCUUUAAUCCCAGCACUCAGG